UUUCGAAUGGAUGAAAAAAGAAUGAAAUAAAACAUGGACAAAUUAAGGACAAAGAAGAGAGGAUUCUUUGCGAUAUCCAGCUCCUUAAGCUCAUCAGGAGACAAGAAAAGAAACAAAGGGGAAAGACAGGAGUUUACAUACCUCAAGGAGGACAAACCAGAGUUUGACAAGGUGGGACUGAGUAAUGUGUUUGGUGAUAAUGGUACCUUGGAUGAUGGAACAGAUGAUGAAGUCAACCACGAAAUAUCUGGACAUAGCUCAUCAGAUCUUGAGACAGCAGUGUCUGGAUCAUCCUGUGAUGAUGUACACAAAGCCAGCCGAAAACUCCAAACCUUUGCCAAGAAGUCAACAAGAAGAGAUAAGAAAAAAGAAAAAGAAAAACAAGAAAGAAAAGAGAAAAAUAAAUUAUCUAUGGAUGAUUUCCUUAGUAAGCAAGUGGAGUUCACAACAUGGCUUGAAGAAGAGAAACACAAGAACCCCAAAGAAAUGUCAUCUCCAAAGAGGAAAGCCUACUUUAAAACUUUCAUGAAGCUAUGGAACAAAAGAAAACUAUCACAGAAGUAUUAUAGAGGGAGUGCUGAGAUACAGAGUCCAUGUCCAACUAAUCCAACAAGGACUUUCAGCUUUGCUGAUGAUGAAGAAGAAGUUGUUAGUUUCUCACGUCCCAAAUCAAAGCGUUUGUCCAUUGAACCCUGGGGGCCACCAGAUUCUCCAUUCUCUACCUUUGGGAAGACACCACCAAAACAUUUACAGGGAUCAAACCUAGCUUUGUUAGACUCACAGUCCUCUCUGAUGGAAAGCUCCCUGAAGGAAGACAUUCAUGAAAAUUCUGGUAGUUAUAAGAGUGAUUCCCUUCCAAAACUUGGAGAAUAUCAAAUUCCAAAAAAUGCAAUACAAAUGACUGAUGCUGGGCAGACGAUACUAACUACAGAGAAUAGUAACACUGAGAUUCAGUCCUUCCCUCCUACUGAAUUACCAGGCACACCAACCUCCAGUAUCACAGAGAAAUCCCCUGUGUAUGCUGUGCCAUGGAAACCCAAACCGACACCCAGAAAAAAGCCUGCAGAAGUCACUCAGCUUGUGAAGUCACCUUCACCCCCUCCUGUCCCUCCCAAAUCAUACAAAAAUGGAAACCAUAGUGAAGCUGUUCAACCAGCAUCUCAUGACCAGGUAGUUGACCAAGCAAGAGUUUUACAGCCAGGAGAUAUAAGGAAUAAUGAUCAGGAUACUGUUGCGAGACAGAGCAUAACUGAAUCCUGCAGCUCUAUGGAAGUGGAUGAACACAGUCCCAUUAAUCAAGGUACACAGAGAGAAGAUGGUUGGCACAGUCCCAUUAAAGAAAAGACUUUCAGUCCGCCAAUCAAGAUCCUAAAAACUUUUUUCCCUCAGGAACAAAUUUAUGCAGAGAUUGAAUCGCUUGAUAUGAAAUCUACUGAAGAUAAAGAAAUUAAAGAUAGGGUGUCUGUUGAUGAUGAUCGUGUGUUCACAGAGCCAGUGAAUGAAUUACAGAAUGACAAUUUAUUGACUCAAAGUGAUUCUUCAGCCAGCGCUUCAUCCCCAGAAUCAAAAGUUAAACAUAUAGUUUUGGAAAAUCUGUUAACAACAAGAGAGAGCAGAUUUUCUUUCAGCAAGUACUUGAUAACACCAGAUAAAUACUCUUCUGCACCCAAGAAACAUUCAUCUUUAACUUACAAUGGAAAAGAGAAUGUGGCAGCAAAAAAAUGUUUAGAACAACAAAGUGAAGUUUCAUUGUUAGAAAAAGGAGGCCCCAAAAAGGAAAAGCCAAAGAUUCCACCAAGAAAUAUUCCAAAACUUCGAAGUGAAUCCAGGGUUACCAUGACAAUCAGUAAUGGUCUGCAUAAUGUCCGCAACUUUCCAAUUGGAGACAACAAAUCAUUCAAAUUAAAAGAAAAUAGAGACUGUGGGAAGUCUGAUCCAACACAAAGAGGAGAAAUCCAGAAAACAAGGAUUUCAGAGAGAGAAAACUCUCUUGCGGUUACAGAAUCGAGCUUAGGGAGGAGUGAAAGAUUAGCUGAGUCUUUGGAUGUUUCUGAAAAUCCCAAUACAAAGCAACAACAGAGAUUUCUUGAGACAGAUAUUGACUCAAUGCCUUUACCAGUCAUGGGCUGUAAAACCCCACCUCGGAAACGCAAGCCUUUGUCCAACCUUCAAAGGUCCAAAUCCAUGGAGACUAUUAUUUGGUAAUCAUACUAAAUGAUAGCUUGUGUAUUAAAUACCAGAAAUAAUGUUUAGAUGCUCAUUUGUAGAAAUUCCAAAAUACAUGUGCAUUUCUUUUAGAUUAUCAUGUUGUUCUGUACAUUUUACUUCUAUAUUAUACUUAGCUGAUUUAUACUCAGUGUGCACUGAUCUUUGUCUAAACCAUACUGUAAACAGAGAGGCAGGUAAUGAUA